CUUCGUCAAGAGCUAGAGAAGGAUGCCUGGAUGUUAAACGUAAUUGUUACACCUCGUAAAGCAGCAAAUUUAGACAGUUUUUAACUCUCACGGUGUGUUCACACCGAACGCGAUAGACGCGACCAAGAGCGUCAGGUUUAUAUGUAAAGUCAAUGAAGAAGCGCGAUGACGCUUGACUGGGGGUCCUGCGAAAAUUCAGAAGCAGAUUUGCGUCACGAAAACACGUCAGUCACGCGUCCAAGUAGUGUGACUGACACGUUUGACAUGCGAAUAAAAAUACGAGCGUCAGUUUGUGUGGUGCAUUUUGUGCAUUCACGCGUAUCGCGUCUACCGCUUGAGUUGGAAAAAUCUGAACUCCAGCGUCAAGUCGCGCCACGACAACCAAUCAGGAGCCUGGUGACAUGCCCCUCUGACCUAGUUCAGAGGGGCAGGUCCAGCCAAAGCCCUUCAUUCUUUAUUCAAUAUGGAGGAAAGGCUCAUCAACGCGGUUGCUAACCACCCGGAGCUUUACGAUGCCAGCUCCUUUCUGUACCGAGACAGGAAUAAAAAGGACCUAGCUUGGAGGAACAUAAGUGAUAAGCUCGGGCAACCUGAGGACAUCUGCAGGAGAAAGUGGAAGAGCCUCAGGGACACAUAUAAUAAGGAGAAGAGGACAGAGAAGGAGAAGAGGAGUCUGCAGCAGGAUCGGGGAGGAGAUGGAAGUUCUUCGCGGUCAUGGGGUUUCUGGACCCCUUCCUCACCCCGCGGGAGACUAGCGGCAAUAUGGUGGGGACCGUGGAGAACAUCCCCCCCGAGGACCAGGGACAGCCCGGAGAGGCAGCAGGGGAGUGUCAGUCAGAAGGUAUGUUUACAAUGAAUUAAUGUAGGCAGUUAAUUUAUGCGUGUUGUCAUAUAGGAAUAUAUUUUGUUUAAUAA